GCCCCCUUAUGUUUAUUGAUUGGGUUUAUUUGACAGCCGUGAGCUUCAGUCUCACUAUGGCGUCUCAUCAAAUCAGGAUGGGCUUUUUCUACCGCCUCCUGUACUGGAAUUUAUCUGUGGCUAAUUGCUAUCUUACAUCUGGAUUUCUGUGCUGAAAGACGUCAAAUGUAGGCGAAAUGAAGGACGAGAAAAGCACAGCGCGGUCGCUCCAGAGUGCCGACACGGAGCGGAGAAAUGCAGCUGAUGUGGAGGAUGGCCGGGCGGGCAGCGGAGCGGCGCUGAACCCGGUGCUGCAUGAAGCGGGAUCUGACCGAGCCCCCGCACCGACAGCCCGAGCGGGAACGGGAAUACGCGUUUUAAAGCGAAACAUGAAGAGGAACGGCAGUCGAGGCUGCGUGACCCGGAAGACGCGUUUCGGCUCUCGCGAGCGGGACUGGUUGAAAGGCGAUGCUCAGCGAGGCUGCGUGUGUCUCUACGGGGCCUCGGAGCCUCAGCCUCCAGCCUCAGGCCCCCAGACCUCCACCGGCGCCCAGCCGGACCUGAAGCUGGUGCUCUGCUCCACCAACACCACCGCAGAGGAGCUGUGCGCUCAGAGAGACGUACAGGGCCUCUACCUGCAGCUGCACGGAGACUUAAUCAGGAGGCUGGACCCCUCCGAGCGUCCUCUUCAGAUGGUCUACGACUACCUGACCGCUAUGGGCUACGAAGACCCGCUCCGUGUCCAACAGGAAGCCGCCAACUCAGACCUCAGCUGCAUGAUCCGCUUCUACAGUGAGAAACCAGUGAACGCAGACCAGCAGGAGCGCACUCUUCUGAAGGGUGUGUUCAGCGUCAGGAAGGGAAAGACGCAGCUCCAUAAAUGGGCCGAGCGGCAGGUCAUUCUCUGCGGGACGAGUCUCAUCGUGGCCUCUGUCAAGGACAGCCUGACCGGCAAGAUGCACAUCCUACCCCUGGUUGGUGGGAAGGUGGAGGAGGUGAAGCGGAGGCAGCACUGUCUGAUGUUCAGCUCGGCCGGACCGCAGGCCCAGACCUACUACGUUAACUUUGACACGCUGGCCGACUACCAGCGCUGGCAUCGGCAGGCUUCUAAAGUGGUGUCUCAAACUAUCAGUCUGGUGGAUUUAUCCUGCUACAGUCUGGAGGAAGUGCCCGAGUAUCUCUUCUACUGCCAGGACGUCACACACCUCAACCUGCGCCACAACUUCAUGCGGCUGGACGGUCCUGGAGGACUCGUCAACUUCAACAGAUUUGCCCAGCUGAGGAGCUUGAAUCUUUCUCACAAUGGACUGGGCGUUUUCCCCGAGUCGCUGUGUGAGAUCCAGACACUGACGGAGCUCUAUCUGUCCUGCAACGGCCUCAGUGCCGUCCCGGCCCGUGUCGAAAACCUCCAGAGCUUACAGACACUGUGUUUGGAUGGAAAUCGCUUGGAUUCUCUUCCGGAGGAGCUGGGCAGCCUCGUGCAGCUCUGCAGCUUGGGACUCUCCUUCAAUGAUUUCCCUCACAUCCCGGGCGUGGUGGAGCGCCUCUGUACCCUGGACAAGCUGGCGAUGGCGGGGAACAGGGUGGAGACUCUGGAUCUGUGCAGCCUGCUACGAAUGACUCACAUUAAGAGUAUUGAUUUACGGUUAAAUGGCCUCCGCUGUGUUAAAAGUGAAACUCUAGAGCCGGUAAAACAUCUCACGCAGCUUGACCUGAGAGACAACCAGUUGACGUCUCUGGACCUGAGCUCGGCCUGCAGUCUGGAGACCCUGCAGUGUCAGAGGAACCAGCUGGGAGCCCUGACGCUCAGCGGCUUCACCCUGCGCACACUCCACGCCAGUAACAACCGUCUCACCACAGUGAACAUCUACCCUGUUCCCAACCAACUCACACAUAUGGACCUAUCAAGGAAUCUCCUGGAAUACCUGCCAGACUGGGUGUGUGACAGCAGGAAGAUUGAGGUGCUGGACGUCUCCCAUAAUCUGCUGUCUGAGCUCCCGGCCAGACUCCUUAGCAGUUUGAGUCUGCGUAAACUGCUGGCUGGCAACAAUAGGUUGGAGAGACUGGCUGACCUGCUCGACCACAUCCCGCUGGAAACACUCGACCUGCAGCACAACAAGUUGCGGGAACUGCCAGAGAGCUUCUUCUACAAAGCCUUAAAUUUAAAGUAUUUGAAUGUGUCUGCCAAUGCGCUGGAGACGGUCCCGCCGAGCAGCCAAUCGGAGGAGAGCCUCAGCACCCUGCAGGAGUUGUAUCUCACAGGAAACAACCUGAAUGAGAACUGCGCUGCUCUACUGGUGGGGCAUCAGAACCUGCGGGUCUUGCAUAUGGCAUAUAACCAGCUGCAGUCCUUCCCUGCUAGCAAACUCAGUAAACUGGAGGUCCUGGAGGAACUGAAUCUGAGUGGGAACAAGCUGAAAACAAUCCCCUCCACCGUGUCCAGCUGUAAGAGACUGCACACGCUCAUCACCCACUCCAACCAUAUCAGCGUGUUCCCAGAGGUCCUCAGCCUGCCCGAGAUCAAGCUAGUAGACGUGAGCUGUAACGAGCAGACAGAAAUCCUGUUGCCAGACUCUCUGCCUUCAACACUACAAGAGCUGGACCUGACCGGCAACAGCAGCCUCAUGUUAGAGCACAAAACACUCAACCUCUUCAGUCACAUCAGUACUUUGAAGCUGGACCAGAAGCCAGCCGUGACAGCAGGAGAUGCACAGGGCACAUCGUCCACCCUGUGGGAUCAUGGUUAUGCUGAGAUGUGUGGGCAAAGAAACAAGUUGUGUGUGUCUGUGCUGGCUGUGGAUCGCUUCGGGGACAGUCCGGAGGCUGCUUACGGGAUUUUUGAUGGUGACCGUAAUGAGGAAGUUUCCAGGUUACUGCAGUGCACCAUGGGAGAUGUAUUGGCAGAGGAGAUACAGCACUCCAGUGUGGACAGUGUAUACAUGUGCAACACUUUCCUUACCUCUCAUAGGAAACUUGGCAUGGCAGGCCAGAAGCUAGGUGCCUCUGCUCUGCUCUGCUACAUCCAUCACGAGUCCUCCGAACCUGGCCGCUACUUUAGCCUCACUGUGGCCAACGUAGGCACCUGCCAGGCUGUACUGUGUCGAGAUGGGCGACCUCUUGCCCUCUCAAAAGUUUUCAGCCUAGAACAAAGCGCUGAGGAGAUGGAGCGUGUCAAACUGGCAAAAGCUAUUAUCACUGAGGAUAACAAGGUGAGUGGGGUGACAUGCUGCUCACGGUUACUUGGCUGUUCCUACCUGUUUCCUUGGGUGCUUCCCAAACCCUGGGUGCACACAGAGCCUCUCUGUUCCCAGGAUGAGUUCCUGAUCCUAGGAAACAAAGCACUCUUCCAGAAGGUUUCCUACCAGGAGGCAGUGAGCACUGUGCUAGCUGUCAGAGACCCCCGCGCCGCUGCCAAAAAGCUCUGCACGUUGGCACAGAGCUACGGGUGCCGGGAUAAUGUCGGAGCAGUAGUGGUAGCUUUGCAUAUCGGAGAAGACAGCUGUACUUGCGAGCCUCCUCUCUCGAACACAGAAUCACGAGGACCACCUGUCCCGACACCUUUACCCAUCUCCGUGUCCCCUGGUGACCCAGCCACGCCGUCUUCUAGCAGUGGCAUUGCCUCGGAGUUCAACAGCGAGAUGUCCGCUUCGGAAGUGGGCAGCGAAGCUGGGUCCACAGCCUCAGACGAGCACCCCUCUUCGGGACCAACGGCUCGUCCGGAGCGUCGCUGUAGUUUGCAUCCCACUGCUACCUUGUGUAAUACAGGGCCAGUGGCGAGCCUUGGGCCAGGGGCGCACCCUGCACUAUUCCAGCGACAACCGUCAAGCGCCACCUUCUCUAGCAACCAGUCCGACAAUGGACUUGACAGCGAUGACGAGGCUCCUUUAGAAGGCGUCAUUUCAAACGGGAGCAAGCUAGAGGUGGAAGUGGACAUCCAUUGUUGCGCUUUUCAGCUGCGCUCCGGACGACCCGAAAGUCCUAAGGACUUGGACGGCCGGCAUGAUUCAAGAGGUUUGGAUUAUCCCAACAGCAAAAUGCGGAGGCAAAACAGCGUGGUGGUUUCUGCAACCAACGGCUGCCUGCUGGCUGUAUGUGGCCGGGAAAUAUCAGAUCUGAAGAAGUCUCCUUCAACCUCAAGUCUCUUCGGGAAGAAGCUAUCUAAUGGCUCUGUAGUGGCUCCCGAGGAUAGCCACAACAUCAUUGAGGUUGCACUCGAGGCACCAAAAAAGAAGUCGGGAUAUUUCGCCGCACCGGCCCAGCAAGACCCGGAAGACCAGUUGAUUAUUCCACCUAGUCUAGAGCAGGACGUGCGGGAGCAGUUGAGAGGGCAGAGCCCUGUGGUUCCCGGGCCGCCGGCUCCUUCAACACCGCCCUCAGCAAGAGACCCCAACUGGGACCAUUCUCAGUCCACCAUCCCCGGUCUCCACCCCACCACCAUCCUGCAACAGGACGUCUACGACACAGCUCUCUAGUUGGUGCAAGAGGACCGCACCAUUGGAGCAUCUCCGCAUCAUAGUGCCACAUCAAAGAGGCUAGCACGCUCUUCCUGCCUUCGAGAUAAUCCAGUUCUUAUUUAGCGCCGUCAUCACGUGUGGGUCCCUGCAUGUGCAUUCUUGGGCUGAUCUGCGGUGGCGUAGCCACAUCUGAGUCAAGAACGGAAAGGACGGAAAUGGGUGAAAAUGUCAGGACCGAUGAAAUCUUGAAGAUUGAGGUCUUAUGGAAACACAUGGGCUAUUCCUGACCAAAAACCACAGCAUGGAGCUGGAGUACCUCAUACGUCACCAUGCGUGAGUUCAUUUUGACAUUCGCCCUUUAUAUCAAAGGUCACAGGCAUAAGUAGGCUUCAAUGAUCACAUUUGCCUUCUGGAGGAAAGAUACUAUCAGCUAAGCUGAGACCAAAAGAUGAGAAAAGUGCCUCUUGAAGAUGGUUGAGGUUCUGAGAGCCUUUACUGUUCUGGUUGUUCUCCUACCUUCCCAUAGUGGUGACUAGUGGGUAAUCUGCACUUUUGAAGUCUGUGAGGAAUAUUUCUGAAGGUCAUCCCACUCCAUUUCAUUGAAAAACGUGGAUGUUGAGAAAGACCUUCCCUGAUCUCCUCUCUCGUAUGCAUACGGGAUCUCCCAGACAAAGCCAUGGGGGUCUCUGGAACCCUCUGCACAAUAGAAGAGUACAAUGAACCCAACCUAACAGUCAAACCCUGGAGAGGGAAUCAGUCUAGGAGGUCAGAAUGAGAUGGAGACAAAAACUACAUCCAAUACUCAGUGGAAGCAUCGUCACCUUUAUGACCUUUAUGGCCAAGGUCAUUUGGGAAGCAGAAGGACCUCUCAACCUUGUCUGAAAUCAUAACUUGAGCUCUUUUGGGUUGUUUAGAGUACUUGAAGUUUCGAGUGUGCCAUGACUACAUGACAGAGCCCAUGCUAUUGAGCCUUGGGUUAUGAAUAUGUCAUUGGGUCUUCGUAAUAGUGCGGUUUUGCUGUUGAUCUGAAUGAGGUUGGGAUAUUAUCUCAUUAUCAAGGAAAAAAUGAUCAGCCGACAUUUCGGUUUUUGUAUGAGAGGUACCGGGCAUAUGAUAUAAUGUAUUGUGCAGUGUGUGUGUGGGUAUGUGUGCUGUAUUUUAGCCGUGCAUGGUACGUAUAAGGAAACAGGCUGGUUAGAGUUUUGUUUUUAUUUGAAUCAGAGGACCUGAGGAAAGAGACUACAUUGGGUCAUUUGAGUUUGUCAUUGCCACAAUCACAGUAUCAGGGAAUUCUGUGCAGUAAAACACUGUGCUCAUGGUUUGAGGAGACAUCUAGUGGUGUUUAUUGGGAAUAACAAUGUUGUUUUUCCAGGGGUUUUCCCUGGUUUGAAGUAGUUAUCUCAUUAUUGCAUUUAAUUUUUUUUAAAUAAUAAAUAAAAUAAAGAAUUAGGGGUUAUUAGGGACAAUCAAGUGCAAAGCCCAUUGUUAAUUGUUAGAUAUUCAAUUUAGUGAUUAUCUGAAGCCCACUUUUUUUUGCGAAUUAUAAGGCAUCAGUUGUAUUAAAUUAAAUUCUUAUUUAUUAGGCGUACUCUCAUAAUUCAUUAGAUUCAGUUCAUUUGUCGUCUUUACAAAGGAAGCAAGUUCUCAUUGACACUGAUGCACUUCAAAUCUAGAAAUUGAACUGAAAGUCUCAGAAUUGGCAUGUUUUCAAAAAAGUACUUGAAUUUGUAGAUCUUAAGUGUGUAUGCUCAGAUAUUAUGUUUAAGCCAUUUCAUCUGAAGAUUCAAAAGAUUCAUUUUGUGGACAUUUAGAGUGUUUUCCUUGUCCUUUUCCUUUAUUUAAUUAAUAUUCUCCAUGGUCAGAUGGCAAUGUUCGUUGUGCCAAACUUGCAUACAGAUUUGCGUUUGCUAUUUGUAGGAGAAAAGCCGCCAUGCAACUAAUCUGGAUCCCCGUAUUUAGCAUCCAGGAAGGUUUUGAAUUUAACUUUUACUGCCAUUAACUUCAAGCGUUAGAGAUGUUUGUGUUAAUUAUAAUUGCCUACAGACCUGAAACUGUAGUUCUUGUGCCAAAAGAUACGUAGUAGUGUUACUUGAAGGGAAGGUAGGUUAUUUCGAGUAUUUUGGUCGUCCCUCGGGCGCUACUGAAAGCUGAAGCCAGUGGCAUGGACGCAGCAGCCCUGCAUGACUCAUAGUUUUUUUUUUUCUAUCAUGGCCUUAAAGCAGGUUUUCCUCAAUCUUUUCUUUAGUGUUUAUAUUCCAAUUCCUUUUUUUGCACUCAACAAUGUGAAGUACAAUUUUCUAGAAAGUGAUCUCUAGAUUCCCUAAACCAUUUAGAGCUGUAUGCAUAAGUGCAUCAAGUAGUAUUGUACAAUCUUAUAGAGUAAAAGGGUUUUACACUGUAUAAGCACUUUGUACAUAGCUCAGAGAAUCUAUAUACAUAGACAUAUUUAAGAAUUGCAUUUUAGCUCUUGUUGAAAUGCAUAUCAAAUUUUCUUUUAAAACCCCUAAAAAUGUAGUUUCUUAUGUUUGGUUUGAGGAGAGAUGUGGUUAUGGAGGCACAACAUCCUGAUUCAGAGCAUUUGAUGGCUUGCUUUGUUUGUGAGAUGUAGUCUUAAGUCUGUUAUUAGCUAUAGAAGUGUUUCAUCGCUCCCCGUGCUUUAAUGUUGAAAGGAAACAGAAAUGGAAAGUAAUAUUUUGAACAUUUCGAGAGCACCUUCUAUAGAUCUAUCUGCAUCAGACUCAAAAAUGAUAUAUGCAACACCAUACAUGUCUAAUUAGAUCAAUGUUAAUCUGAAAAAUUGAGAACAGGUCUAGGAAGAAUCUAUACAUUUGUGUAUGUCUGUGGGUGUCGAGUGCAGUGCUCUGUUGUGGAAAUGGUGUCUGUUUUUUUGUUUUGUUUUUUCAGUCUAGGCAACUAUACUAGUUGCUUUGCCACAAAGACAAAUGUUGCAUUUUAGAACCCCUAAACAUUUGUGCUCUGUGCUCUCCUGGCCAAAACACGGUGAAACUGAAAAUGUUGGCCAAAUGCAAUUUUCCUUAGUGUAUUAUUCAAAUAGCCAUCAGGUUUACAUUCAUUCGUUAAUGGUACAGCAGAGGUGAUUCUUAAAGCAACAGUAGACCCAAAAAUCAACAUGUAUCCUCAUGUUGUUCCAAACCUGCUUACUGCAAACGCAAAAGAACAUAUUUUGAAGAAUG